GCACGAUGCAUCAAAGAGUUAUAUAAAAAUAGUUACAAUCCAUCAUAUAUUCGCUGCAUUUUUUAUUUAUUUCUAUUUUUAGAAGUUGAUUUCUCAGUUUCAUUCUGGUUUACUAAGCAGGAAAAGCUGUCAAACUGUACUUGGAUAGAGAGUACAGAUACCUGUGUAAAAAACAAUGUAAAAAAAAAAAAGUACAAGCACUAAUUCAACAAUAAGUAAAACUAAAAAGUACAAACUUUUGUACUGAUGCAGGUGCUCAAUCAUGUACUGUGUACAAAAAGUCACCCAUUGGCCCAAUUAUUCAUAUUAUCAAGAAAAAUAGUUGAGAUGGUCGGUACACACAUCACACGCGCGUUAUUUUUACAAAUCAGGUUCUUAUGAAGUUUUUAGAAAAAGCUCACAGUGUGAUGUAAUGCAAUUGUACGCCACAAUAUCAACAUUUUGGAUGAAAACUUGAUCUGUUGCUGUUAUUCAAAACGCAACGUGCAAAAUCCUGAACGUAAGUUUGAUACAUUUGGGAUCUGAUUCGAUUUUGCAGGUGUCCCUAAUGUGGUGUCCACUAAGGAGAAUCACUCAGUGCUGCGUGCGCCUCUAGAUGGCGUAGGAAAGCCAUACCUCGAGUCGUAGGCCACCUUUGAACAAAACAAAUGUCAUUUCGGCAGAUAGCUUGUCUUUUUUUACGAAUGUCCGCCUUCUCACGUGUUUUCCCUCGGCCUGGUCAUAGUUCAAUCAACAAACGAGAACGAGCUGCAUGCUCGCUUGUGUUGAGCCCGUCUCGACUGCUUUUGCAAAUACACUUGGCAUUUCAAAUAACACUUAUUGGAGACUAUUUUCAAGAUUGCAUGCCGGCAAAUGUCUCUCAUUGGCGUCACGAUGUCAAAGUCUCACAUGAUCACCUUUACACUCCUGCUGAUUCAACUGCCGUGUGUAUUUGGAGGCAAGAUAUUAGUGUUCCCUUUAGACGGGAGCCACUGGUUGAACAUGAAAGGAAUCAUCGAGGAACUUUACGCCAAAGGUCACGAGAUCUCGGUGGUGCGGCCGUCUGAUAGCUGGUACAUUACAGAAAAAUCUCCUCUUUACAACUCUGUCAACCUUCUUGGUCAGGAUGGGUUCAAGGAUCAUUUUGAAUCAUUUGUUUCUCUACAAUUGGAGAUGAGGCUUCAGGGGAGGUCGCUGUCUCUUCUGCCUCGCAUUUGGAAUGCGAUACAGAAUCAGAUGCUGGUUGUUAGUCAGUUUGCUAGAUUCCACAAGUUGCAUUGUGAGACAAUAGUUGAGAUGUUUGAAAAUAAAACUCAGAUGCAGUCUUUUCAUAAUGCCAAGUACGACGUAGUGUUGACUGACCUUGGCAUCGGCGGAGGGGCACUGCUUGCACGUCAUCUCAACGUUCCCCUCGUCUACAAUGUCAGAUGGACCUUUCAAGGUGAAGCUCAUGACCUCAUUGCCCCGUCCCCUCUGUCAUACUCUCCCUUUCUCGCGGCUCGAUUGACAGAUAAGAUGACCUUCCAACAAAGAAUCAUUAAUGUUUUAGCUUACAUCAUGGGUAGCGUUACAACAUGGUUCAUAUCAGAACCACACUACAAACCAAUAGUUAAGCGCUACUUUGGUUCUGAUGUGGAUUACUCAACCUUUUUUUUGGAUGCUGAUAUAUGGCUUUUGAGAAAUAAUUUUAUCUUUGAAUUUCCACGUCCCACAAUGCCAAAUCUAGUCUACAUAAGUGGUUUUCAAUGCAAGCCUCCACAGCAGCUCCCCGUGGACUUGGAGGAGUUUGUCCAGAGUUCUGGUGAUCACGGGGUUGUGAUGAUGACUUUGGGGACUCUUGUUGCAAAAUUGCCACUGGAUGUCACUGAGGAAAUUGCUGCAGCCUUUGCCCAGCUGCCGCAGAAGGUUGUCUGGAGGUAUUUGGGACAAAAGCCUGCCAACUUGGGCAACAACACUUUACUGGUUGACUGGCUACCACAGAACGACCUCUUGGCUCAUCCUAAAACAAGAGUUUUUGUCACCCACGGAGGAAUCAACGGUGUUCAAGAAGCAAUUUACCAUGGGGUUCCGAUUGUAGGGCUUCCAUUAUUUUUUGAUCAACACGAUAAUCUCAACAAAAUUCAAGCAAAGAGAGGAGCAAUAAAUGUGGAUUUUGCUGCACUUGACAGGCACAUUUUUGCAGAUGCACUCGUGACAGUGCUUCAGAACACAUCGUACAGGGAAAACAUGCAAAGGCUCUCAAGACUGCAAAGGGAUCAGCCAAUGAAACCAAUGGACCAGGCGGUGUUUUGGAUUGAAUAUGUUAUAAGGCAUAAAGGAGCUGGUCAUUUGAAGGCACAAUCCAACAAAAUGUCCUCGAUUGUUUACCACUCGGUUGAUGUCAUUGUAGCUUUACUGACCAUAGUUUUGCUUGUAAUAUUCACCUGCCUUUACAUUUUAAGAGUCAUGUAUAGAACAUGUUUUGUUGGGAAAAAAGUGAAACACGAAUAAUUUAUUUUCAAAAAUUAUGGCAAGAAAAUCUCGUGUACAGUAUAUAUGUUGGUCAAAAUUUGUUUUUUCUUUAAUUUCCAAAAAUGUUCACAUUUGAUUUCAUUCAGAGGUGAUGAUGGCAACAGUUUCCACUAUUUCCUACGGGAUGAAUUAUUGAUUCUAAAUGCAAAUAAAUCGGAUUGACUAGCAUUA